GCGCGAGGCCAUAUUUCAGUUUUCAGUCAGCUUUCUCCUCCCUCGGGCUUCACCUGGGACUUCGAUCUACCUCCCCAGGCUACCCGGAUAAUUCUCUCAACACCCGGGUAAUUCACGCUAACUCUUCAGUUCUUCUCGUCGACGUCAGCUCCUCAAGAAGCACCCCUGACCUGCCCCCUACCCCAGGUCUGGAUCAGGUGACCCUCUGUGCCACGCUCAGUAAGUCUCUGACCGCCUCCGCUUGGUUGUGUUCCAAUCGCCCAUUUGUCGUUUUCUUUUUCUAGACUGUUAACUCCACGAGGGCAGGAGGUAAUCUUGUUCUCUAGUCCCCACGGCUAAUGACGCCGCCUGGAGCUUAGUGAGGGCUCAACAUUUUGGAAUAAAUUCAAGAGUGGCGUGUCCCCACAGUGGCUGUGCUGACUGGGCCGUGCGUCACCCGCACAUUUCCUAUCUGGAGAAUUACAGCCUUAGGCCCCGGUCUCCCCUCAGCCGAGACUUGGGACUCUGUACCUGAGAGGCGCGCCCUGCAACUAGGAACCCGCCUCCAGGGUCCCAGGGCGUCCCCGCCCGCCCUGGCCGUGUUCCUGCCGCGGGGCGGCCGCGGCUCCCAGGCAGGAGCCUGCGAGCAGGUGGGGGCGACGGCCCCGCCUCCGCGUCCCGGCAGCACCAGAGCUGGCGGCCGGGGAACAAGCCGAGCGCACCGAGCGCAGCACGGAGCACAGCUCGGCGGUAGCGGCGCCGCCUGGAGCAGGGGAGCUGCGGGACGGAGCCCAGAGUCGAAGACGUCUGCCGGAGCUCGAGUCCAGUCCAGCCCCCGGCUCGCCACCUGCAGAGCAGAAGCCACUCUCUUGGGACCAUUCAUAAGCAGGAGACAUCAACACUGUGACACAUGCCAGUGCCACCGCCGCCACCACCUCCUCUGCCUCCACCUCCCCCUCCUCUGGGGGCUCCUCCUCCUCCCCUACCAUCAGCACCUCUGGUAAGCACAGACACCUCCACCUUGAGAAAGGCAGAUCCAAAAGGCCGGAGUGCACUGUUGGCUGACAUCCAGCAAGGAACUCGCCUGCGAAAAGUCACACAGAUCAACGACCGCAGUGCCCCGCAGAUCGAGAGUUCUAAAGGAACCAACAAAGAAGGAGGAGGUUCUACAAACACACGAAGCGCAAGUAUGCCCCCGGCCCUGGGAGAUCUGUUUGCUGGUGGCUUUCCUGUGUUGCGACCAGCAGGCCAGCGGGAUGUAGCAGGUGGCAAAACAGGGCAGGGCCCUGGCUCCCGCGCGCCCUCUCCCAGGCUUCCCAAUAAAACCAUCAGCGGCCCACUUAUCCCACCUGCGUCUCCCAGGCUAGGCAAUACCUCCGAGGCGCACGGCGCUGCCAGAACAGCCCCGCCUCGCCCCAACGUGCCUGCCCCGCCCCCUCCCACUCCACCGCCUCCGCCCCCUCCCUUACCCCCACCACUUCCCUCUUCCUCCCCCAACAAAACUCCGCUGGUGUCCCCAUCUGGCCCACUGACCAAAGGGAACCCCCCGGUGGUUGCACCCCCUGCUCCCUGUGCACCACCGCCUCCACCUCCGCCACCUCCCCCAACGCCACCCCCACUACCCCCUUGUCUCAGUGACAAGGCAGUGAAGCCUCAGCUAGCCCCCUUGCCCCUCCCGCCCAUCCCGCCCCCGCUCCCUCUCCUCCCACCUUGUGGGUAUCCCGGGCUCAAUGGGGAGCCCGCCAGCCCUGCGCAAGAUGUGCAGGAGCCUCCAGCCCCACCGCCCCCGCUUCCUCCUUAUGCCUCGUGCUCCCCGAGGGCUUCUUUGCCCGCGCCCCCUUUGCCAGGAGCUAAUAACAGCAGUGAAACCCCACCCCCACUACCUCCCAAGUCCCCCAACUUCCAGGCCCCACCGCAGAAGACGGGUGCGCAAGCCUUGCCCGCGCCACCUGCCCCUCCGGGCUCCCAGCCGUUCCUGCAGAAGAAGAGGCACGGCCGGCCAGGGGCCGGUGGGGGAAAGCUAAAUCCACCUCCAGCACCCCCUGCGAGAUCACCCACCACAGAGCUUUCAAGCAAGAGCCAGCAGGCCACAGCCUGGACUCCGACGCAGCAGCCUGGGGGUCAACUGAGAAAUGGAAGCCUGCACAUCAUCGAUGACUUUGAGUCCAAAUUCACGUUCCAUUCUGUGGAAGACUUUCCCCCUCCGGAUGAAUAUAAACCAUGCCAGAAGAUUUACCCCAGCAAGAUCCCCAGAAGCCGUACACCUGGUCCCUGGCUCCAAGCUGAAGCAGUUGGGCAGAGCUCUGAUGACAUCAGAGGCAGAAAUUCUCAGUUAUUUCUAAAGACUCUCCGGUGAGAAGACAGAUGAAACCAAGGUCCUGGGGUUCCAGGUUGCAGAACAACAUGUCAGACCCUGACCACCCCAUGCUCAAGCUGUAAUUCAGUUGGUAUACAGGCUUGGAAUUGAGAAUUUAUUUAUUGUAAAUAUGAGGUUUGCACGGGCUUUAAAGCAGUGUUUUAAUUGACUUUUAUUUCAGUAAUAUUUUUUAAAACACCCCUCAUUUUUCCAUUUUUUUACACUGCAUCUAGGCAUUCGUCUGUCAGCACAGAUAGAGCCCUGUCCCUCCACGUAGUGCCCACUCCAUGACUGCGAAUAUGCUUGCGGGCUGGCCCUUCCUAGAUUCUGAACCCUCUGUAGAGAGUCCUCAGUUUGCAGGUAGCCCCAAAGUUUUAAAUAUCCACAACGGCUUCUUAUUGGCAUAAUUUUAUAUUCUCAUCACACCAACUGCAAAAUCAAACCAAAUAAUGCCUUAUCAAUGAUGCAACUCAGAGGAAGAAGUGUGUCCCCCACACCCAGACCGUGCCGCACAGCCUCCAGGGAACGAGAUGCCACGUCUCGCUUCCGUUUUGCAGUACGGGGAUUUGUUUUUCCUUGUGCUGCCUAAUGUAAAUAUAUCACAAAGUAAAGGCAGGAGUGGGCUUGGCCCCUCCAAUGCUGACCACAGGGCCCCUUUUGUAACCGAAUAAUCCUCCAAGUAGCCAAUGCUCCUACUGUUUACAGUGGCCUUAGGGCCUGAGUCUCUGUCACCUUCCUCCUUUUCUCUCCAAGUUCCCGGUCCCAUCCCAGUAGCCAGCUUUAUGAGAUUUUGGUAUUUCUUCCCUACAGAUUAAAAACAUACACAACUCAUCAUUACCAAUUCUGUCUCAGAGGUCUAUCCUUCUGCCCUUGCUUCACAUGUGGAUUUCCAUAGAAAAUAUAACAUGAAAAAGUAUAGAACAAAUCUUGUGAAACACCUGCUGCAAAUACCUGAUGCCUCACUGCCCCCCACCCCGCCACCCAUCUUAGGAUCCUUAGAGUCACCCACCCAUCAGGCAAAACCUAGCUCCCUUCUGAUUUAAAGGAGAACCUUGCCUGACAACUCCACAUUCAUUCCCUGCGGUGGGCACCUGUCUGUGAGUGGGGAAGUGUGCAAGCUCAGCCAAUCUGAAUAUGAAAAAGGUCAGGCCAGGAUGGGACUGCUCUUCACUCCCUCUUCUUGAUCCUGCGGGGAGCGGAAAUGUGUUUUCGCUUGCUGCCUGACCCCUGAUGCUCCCCAUCCUUGGUCGGGGAAGUCUGUGACAGAGGAAGGAGAGAAAAUAGAAGGAAACAGACUGAUCCCUGGGCUGUGCUCAAAAUAGCUGCCCUUUAAAAGAAAUCAGGCAGGGAGGGGAGGGAAACCAGCAAAAAAGAAAUCUGCUUUGCAACAACCCACGCACACGUUCUGUCCUGAAGGAUACUGUGUCCAAACCAAGCCAUCCAGAAAGGUAGCCAGGCCGGAGGGUGUGGGCAAACAUGACUGCAUCUGCCUCGCUGUUGUCUGGAGUAAAGACCCAGGUGGUGUCCUGCCGCAGUGCUGUGCUCUCUCAUUCCAGAUGGGAGCCAGUGAGCCAGGGUCUAAUUCCCUUCUCUGGGGAAUGAAUCAAGCCAAAACUGUAACAGCUAAAUCAAUAGAAAAGAAGUUUUUGCAGGUCAUUAGCUCUGGGCGUAACUGAUUUGUUUUAUUGGUUCUGGAAGAUUCCCAAAAAGCCAGAAUUUCUUUAUUAUUAUAGCAGUGUCCACUCCACCACUCUCACAGUUGUGUAAGAUAAUUAGAAAAUUUGUAAUGAUCCUGAUUAAGAAGACCCCAGACAAAGGCAAUUCCACCUUCAGAGUAGACUGCCUGCCCUGAUGAGGUGUUUACACGUUCCUGUCGCCUACGGCUGGGAUGGAAAUUCAAAUAACACUAUUUAAGGACAGAGGAGGCCCGGAGCAGUGGCUCAUGACUGUAAUCUCAGCACUUUGGGAGGUCAAGUGGGUGGGUGGAUCACUUGAGGUCAGGAGCUCAAGACCAGCCUGGCCAACAUGGUGAAACUCUCUACUCAAAUACAAAAAAUUAGCCAGGCAUGGUGGCGCACACCUGUAAUCCAACAACUCGGAGGCUGAGGCACAAGAAUGGCUUGAACCUGGGAGGCAGAGGUUGCAGUGAGCUGAGAUCACGCCACUGCACUGGAACCUGGGCAAUGGAGCAAGAUCCUGUCUCAAAAAACAAAUAAAUAAAAAUACAGGACAGAGGGGAGGAACAAGCAGAAACCAAAAAUGGCAACUAGCGAGAAAUCUCAGGAAUGUGGCAUCCCAUCUCUUCUUGAGACCUAUCACUGAAUUCACAACACUUCAAGUUCAUGCUGGUGCAGUUCCUUUGGUGGUGUAAAGGUUUAACCCCUUGACUGUAAACUCGUACUUAGAGACAUGUGAGUCACAGAGUCCCCACCAUUGUCACAUAUUCUCACUGACACUGCAGUCCGUGACUCCCCCAAUGUUUCACACGUAUUUUAUUUUUAUUGAUGUCCUCCUCUGCCGAUUCAUUUCUCUGUACUUAAUAAACUUUGGUAAGUGGAAA